AUGGCCCAGAAAUCCAAAGUUAUUGAAUACAUUGAUGAAGCUUUAGAAAAAUCUAAAGAAACUGCCCUUUCUCGCCUUCUUUUCUCUUAUCAGGGGAUCACUUACCCAAUAACCAUAUGUACUGCAGAAACUUUCCAAGCACUGGAGCACUUUGAAGCCAGAAGAGAGGACAUAGUGCUGGCAUCUUAUCCCAAAUGUGGAUCAAACUGGCUUCUCCAGAUCUUUAGUGAAUUAAUAUGUACUAUCUCCCCCCAAAAGUAUGAACAUCCAGAAUUUCCAGUUCUUGAAUGUGGAGACCCCGAAAAAUAUCAGAGGAUGAAACAAUUCCCAUCUCCGAGGCUUUUGGCAACUCAUCUCCAUUAUGACAAACUGCCCAAGUCCAUCUUCAUAAACAAAGCCAAGAUACUGGUGAUGUUUAGAAAUCCAAAGGAUACAGCAACAUCUUUCUUUCAUUUCCACAAUGAUGUCCCUGAUAUUCCAAGCUAUGGUUCUUGGGAUGAUUUCUUUAACUAUUUCAUGAAAGGACAAGUUUCUUGGGGAAGUUACUUUGAUUAUGCUGUCAAUUGGAACAAUCACCUUGAUGAUGAAAACAUUAUGUUUAUACUAUAUGAAGACCUGAGAGAGAAUCUAUCUGCAGGAGUGAAACAAAUAGCAGAAUUCUUUGGAUUCUCUCUGACGGAGGAGCAGAUUCAGACUAUUUCAGAUCGGACCACCUUUCAAGCAAUGAGAGCAAAGUCUCAGGAAACACAUGGUCCAAUUGGGCCAUUCCUUUUUCGAAAAGGUGAAAUUGGAGACUGGAAAAAUCUGUUCAGUGAAACUCAAAGCGAAAGAAUGGAUGAAAAAUUCAAUGAGUGUUUAGCAGGCACUUCACUGGGAGUGAAAUUGAAGUAUAAUAUACAUUGUAAAGCUUAACUUUAUAUUGGUUGGAUCAAAUGAAAUUUUUUUUCUCUUUUUAAAGUUGCAAAGAAUGGACCCAAACUGAAAUUUGUAAAUGUUACUGAGAAAGUGAAUGUUUCAGAUAUACUGUGUAUUCUUUUGUAU